AUGAGCAAGGGUCCUAAGGAACUCAGGUUGGAGAUAGGUAAAAAAUGUGGUAAGGAUGGGCCAAGAUGUAGGUGCUCAGGUAAUAAACCUGGUGACAUUACUGCCAGUAAGGUUGAGAACAAUGAAGAUGCUGUUGGAUUUCUUGCCCUUGUCCAUGAUCGCAAGGGGAAAACAUUUAGGCUAAGUAGAGAACUAGAUAAUGAUGAAAAUAUAGGUGAUGUUAACCAAUGUAUACUGGGUGUUACUAAGGUAUCUGUAUAUUAUUGGGAAGAAGAUAAGGAAUGCAACACUCCACUUCUCCUCGAGGUUGUGAAGGGCAACCAUAAUAGUACGCAAUACUACUACAGAUAUGAUAAAGGUGAAGUGCAAAAUCAAAACAAUUCACAAACAAUUUGGCAGUAUAAACCUGAAAAGAUGAAACUUCAGGUCAUGCUUGAUGAUAGAAACUGUGGCAGAAAUCAUGCAGUUCCACUCAACAUAAAGGAUCUUGCAACAGGUACUCUUCCUGACGAUAUUCCCUCUACUUGUAUGAAAAAAACCCGAAGGAUAGAACUUGGUAGUUUACAACAUCUUACCGGCAGUGAGUAUGUUUAUACAACUUAUGAGGUGAAGGGCAGUGAUACAAAGAUAUCCAGAGUAAAAGUGGGUGAUCAUAACAUAUCUGGUAUUACAAUCCCUCCGGGUGGAAUGGAUAAGGUUAGACUUUAUUCCAACACAGGGAUUUCCCAGGCACCUAUUAUGAUUAACUUUAACACAAAUAAUAGAGAAUCAAAGUGGUUUUAUAGUACUAAUUCUAAUGGCACUCAAUGGACAGAAGUUGGAAGUACCAGCAAUUUCUAUAGUGAUGAUGGUAAACCCACUGAAGCUCUUGCUAAAAAAUUAGAUGAAUUUGCUUGUCAGUAUCAUAGUGGAGUAACUAUCGAUCUAUCACAUAGUACAUCUACAGCUCAGAAUAACUACUGUUGUAGCCAGCAUAAGGAUGAUGCUAGAAUUUCUGUUAGUUCUGUGCAAGUUUCUUGUCAAAGGCCUGAUCACAACAAAGGUACUAUUACAGCCUAUAAACACUCUAUUGAUGGUAAUGGGUUGAAGCUUGUUGGCAUUAAGUUCUAUCCCAGCGGAGAUACUAAGAAUAGGAAACAUGUGAAAUCCAGAAAACUAUCACUACCUAUUCCAGGUCCUGUAGAUGUCUACGUAUUUUACUGCACAGAAGAUCCCAUACUCGUAUAUGUUGACAGGAAUAAAUCUGGAUCUCCAGGAUGGUUUAGAAAGAGCACAAAAAAUAAUAAAAACCAAUGGACAAAGUUCACGUUUUCUGGUAUAACACCGACUAACAUUACAGAAUGUGGAAACUGGAACAAACUAGUGGGAGCAAUAAAAAAACUUAAAUGUGAAAAUUUCAAAAAAUGUCCUACAACCUCACUAUUACGUGCUGAAACUAGUGGUGGAGUACAAGCUCAAAUUCAAGAUGAAGAUGAUAUUGACUUGGGAUCGUCUGAGGAAGAAGAUACAUAUAAACAAGGCACCGAUGCUCCUCCACCCUCUGGAAAGGAUCCUCUUGGACCUAGAGGAAACCCUGGUAUCAAAUGUACUGAGAAGGGUGCUCAGGAAGAAUAUAAAUCCAAACUCACAUCUACUGGUAUUAACAAAGGUGAAACUGGAGGAGUGCUUAGUAGUGACCUAUGGAAAACUGUUGGUAAAGCGGUUGGUAAGACAGUCGAUCUUGGACUAGAUUUAGCCGAUCAACUUGGAUCUGUUGCCGUCCCCGCAUCCGGACUAGCUGGAAUAUAUGGAUCAUUUGUAGCUGAAGCACUUGGUAAAGUUGGUAUAGAGGCUCUAAAUACAGUUAUUCAACAAGCUAAACCUGCUACUGCUCAUCAAUCUGAAGAUGGUAGAGCACUAAGCUCUAAUACUGAUGAUGCUGAUAGUACUACUGGUAAUAGAGAAGAUGUUGAUGGUUCUCAAUCUUCUAGAACUACUCAACAACAUGUUACCGAACCUGCUGCUACUGCUCCUAAUUCUAGUCCUCCUGAACCUACUGCUGAAAAUUUUGUUGGAGGUGCUACUCUUACUGCUGGUCUUGGUGUAAUAUUUGGAUCAUCCUCUGGUACUCUUGCUGGAGCUGGUGGUCUUACUGGACUUGGUUGGUGGGCAUUUAAACGUUCUAAAGGAGAUCCUUGGGUUAGACGUGGAUAUCCUAUAGAGUUUUUAAAGAAUGUACCAUAUUGA